AUGCCACCUCCCGUUCGGGAUUUUGCAAAAGCGAGGGGGGAGGGCGCAUCGCCGCGCGGAGAGGGCUGGGCACAGGGCACAGGGGAUCUCUCUCGCAUAGGAUAUGCACUCGGCGACCGCGAGUGUGACGACCGAGAGCUGCGCGAAUUCUUUUUUCGCCUGUGUUCGUGCCAGGCGGCGGAGGAGAAGGAGGCGGCCCGGCACGCCGAGGAGCUACUGGCGGAGGUCGAGGCGGAGAAGCGCGCCAAGGGCAAGAAGGGCAAGAAGAAGAAGAAGGGCGGCGGGAGCGGCGGCGCUGGGCCGUCGCAGGAGUCCGAGGCGCCGGCAGAGGCAGCCGCAGCCAAGCCCGCGCCGUUGGACAGGGAGGGGCUGCUCCGGCUUCUCGCGGAGCUCCACGAGGACAGGAUCCGGUUCGGCAUCACGGCGGAGACGUCGGCGCGGGAGGCGGCCUAG